AUGGAAUGGUUUCGGUAUCUAAUCUCAUUUAUAUUAUUUCACCUAAGUUUAGCUGCAAUUCGUAUGAGUCAACCGAAGAUUUUAUUACCAUUUCAUCCACGUAUUGAAACAAAUUUUACAUUAGAAGCAACGGAUGGUUGUUUUUUAUGGUCAUCAUCACGUCCUGACCUUGUUCGUAUUGAUCCCAUAGGACCAUAUUCAAUAAAAAAUGGUGAAAAUUGUUCAUUAUAUGCAAAUAUUAUAGCUCAUACGAAACAAUCAUUACGUUCAAGUGCAACUGUUUAUGCUCGUGAUAUUUUAACUGGACAAUCUGUACGAUGUGAUGUUAUUAUUGAUAAAAUUCAAACAAUUGAAAUUAUUUAUACAACAACACGAUUAUAUUUAGAAGAUGCACCAGAAUUAUUUAAAUUACGUGCACAUGAUCAACAUGGAUCAACAUUUUCAUCAAUUGAACAUUUUCCGUUCGAAUGGAAAUUAUUAAAUGCUGCUAUUGUUGAUGAACAAAAUGUGAAAAAAUCUACAAGUGGAACAUUGGAUGCAACAAAAGUAAUACGUAUUCUUCGUCUAACAGAUUCAUCAUAUGAAAUGAGUGACACAGUUCGAAAUCUUGAAUCACAUGGUUCAUUAUCUUAUGAAAUUCUUCUUGAAGGUCUUCGUACUGGAUCAGCAUUUGUUCAAGCUGAAUUUAUUGAUAAUGAUCUAUAUCAUGGUAUACGAACAAAACCAGUUCGAUUAUCUGUAUCAGCUAAUGUUCAAUUUUAUCCAUCAACAGAUGUUUAUUUACUUCCAUAUUCACGUUUAGGAUUUCGUCUUUAUCAAAUAAAACGACAAGAAUCAACUGAUAUAACAGAUUUACCAUCAACACGAAUACUUUAUGAAGUUAAAUUAAUUAAUAAUGAUGCUGGUACUUUAGAUGAUAAAACACUUAUAUUUACUGCAACAGAUCAUGCUGAUGAACAAUCACGUUUAGAAUUAAUUGAUCGUAAUAUGAAAGCUAUUGAUAAUGAUACAUAUGAACCAACAUCAUUAAUGAUACGUAUUGUUAAUAUUGGUUAUUUAUCAGCAAUAACAAAUUCAACACGACCAUGGAUAUUUCAAAUAGGAUCAUAUUAUCUUAUAACUGUUGAAAUGUUUGAUGUUAAUGGUAGAAAAAUUUAUCCAACUGAUAAUUUAAAUUUAUCAGCAACAAUACCAAAUGAAUUACAUAAAACUUGUUUAAAUUUAAAAUCUUUAUAUCAAAAUGGUACACAAUAUAUUCUUCGACCAAAUUGUCAAGGAAGAUUUGAAAUUGAAUUUCAUCUUAAUGGAAUGAAAAAUAAUGAUAUUAUUGAAUUAUUAACUAUAGCUUCAACAAAACAAUGGUUUGAAGUUUAUUUACCAUUAGUUGUACAACCAAAACGAGUACUUCUACCAGAAAAAACUACAAUUAAAGAAAUUAAAACACCUUAUUGUCCAAUUAAAGUUUUAGGUGGAAGUGGAGAUUAUAUUUUUACAUCAAGAGAUAUAAGUGUGGUCACUGUUUCGUCGACUGGUGAUCUAAUGGAACAAACUUCUUUAAAUUCAACACAUGUUGAUGUUUUUGAUAAAAAAUCUCCUGAAUUAAAUGCAACUGUUUCUGUUCAAGUUGUUCAACCAAAUGAAUUUCAUUUAUUUCCAUGUCCAGUUGAAACUGAACUUAAUUCUUUACUUUAUUUACCAAUUCAAUUAUAUUAUAAAAAACAAGCUUUAACAUGUUGUUCUCAACUUGAUUUUGAUAUACUUAUUGAUAAUAAUAUAUUUCAAUAUCAAAAUAUAAUACCAUCUAAUGAACAUACAAAUGAAUCAUGUGCUUUACUUAUAUUUAAACCAAUUAAAAUUGGUAUAACAAAUGUUCGUGUUCAACUUAAAAAUUCAAAUCUUCAACAAACAAUUAGUUUAAGUGCAUAUGAAAAAUUACAUAUAAAUCUUAAUAAUUUAUUAUUAACAACAAAAUCUGAAUAUAUAUUACAAUUAUCAAAUGGUCCAUUAAAUUUUUAUGAUCAAGAAUCAUUAAAAUAUAAUAUAUAUCCAUUAGAUAAUCAUAUUAAAUUUACACAAGAUUCAUUAAAUUCAAAUUUUUUACAUAUUAAAUGUCUUACGCCAAUACAAUAUCAACAAUAUGAAAUAUCAAAACAAAAUAUCAUAACAAAACAAAAUCUUUGUCCAAUUAAAUCAACAAUAUCAAUUGAUAUAUCAUGUCAAUCAACAAUUUAUUCAUUUAUACUUGAACCAAUACUUACAUCACAAUGUCCAUUAAUAAAUCGUGAUUAUGUUAUAACAUAUUUUGAUCAAAUUUUAUAUAUAAAUAUAAUUGCAUAUAAUGAACAAAAAAUAUCAUUUACAAAUUUUUCAUCAUUAAAUAUUGAUUGUAAAAUAAAAUCAAAAGAAUAUUUAGCUGAUCUUAAUAUAAAUAAUCAUCAAUUAGAAAUUAUACCAAAACAUAAAUCAGGAAAAAUUUUACUUCAUUGUAUAAUUGAUAAAUUAGAACAACAACUUGAAAUUGAAUUUAUGAAAAAUAUACAAAUAAUUAAUUCAAUUAAAUUAAUUUAUAUUAAUGAAUCAUUAUCACCAUUAGAAAUAUAUGGUGGUUCUGGUUAUUUUCAAUUUCAAAUAAAUGAAUUAUCAAUAAAUCCAUUAAUUGAUUUAUUAAUAAAUAAUAAUAAUUCACGAUUAAUUUAUAUUAAACCAUUAAAUUAUGGACGUACAAAUUUAAUUAUUAUUGAUCAAUGUUUACCAUUAUUAAUGAAAACUCUUGAUAUAAUUAUAUCAGAUAUUGAUCAAUUAAAAAUUUUUGGUCGUAGUCGUUUAGAAUUAAAUACAACAUCAUUAAUUUAUAUUCAAGCUAUUGAUAUUGAUGGUAAUCUAUUUAAUUUAACAAAUAUUUAUCAUUUAAUUAAUAUUAUUAUUGAACAAACUUUAAAACCAAAUAUUUUAUUUAUUGAAUAUGAAUCAAAAUCAAAUUUAGAUUAUCAAACACUUGCUUAUAGAAUACAUACAUUAGAUAUUGGACGAACAAAUAUUAAAUUUUAUGCAUUAAAUAUUAAAAGUAAUAUUAUUGAAUUUGAAGUUUAUGAAAAAUUACGUAUUUAUCCAAAAGAAUUAAAUAUUUUACCAUUAUCAACAAUUCAAUUAAUGAUUAUUGGAGGUUCACAAAUAUUAGGAACAACAAUUGAAUGGUCAACAAAUAAUACAGAUAUUGUUGAUAUAGAAAUAAAUAAUAUUUUUAAAACAAAAACUAUUGGUCAUGCUAUUAUUCAUGCUAAAUCAACUGGAUAUGAUCCACUUUUAGGAAAAUCUAUAGUUUAUGGUGAAGAUACAUGUAUAAUUCAUGUUGUUCAAAUACGUUCUAUUCGUCUUCAUAUACCAACAACGGAAAUUCUACCAAAUAAAAUGGUUCCAUUAACUGUUCUUUCAUAUGAUCAUGAAAAAAAUCCAAUUGUUAUAACAGAUGUUUUUCUUCAUUCUCUUGUAUUUAUAUGGUCAUUAUCAAAUACUCAUCUUGCACAAUUUCGUCCAAUAAUUGGUAAUAUAUCAUCUUAUAUACGAACAUUUGUAACAAAUAUUGAAACAUUAAGAACGGGUCGUGUUACUAUUGAUGUACGUUUAUUAACAAAUUCAAAAACUUUAAAUAAAUUAUUAUUAAAAACUUCUCAUGAAUUAUCAAGUUCAAUUGAAUUAAAUAUUCUUGAACAAUUUUAUUUAAAUCAAUUUGAUGAAACACGUACAAUAUUAAUUGGACCAAAUUCUCGUUUAAAUUUAUUUCAUAUACCAAAUGAUAUAACAAUUGAACUUUUAUCAUCAUCAAAAAAUAUACAUCUUGAUAUAAAUACAAAAAUAAUUUAUACUGAUCAAAAUUUCGAUGGUGAAGCUGUUCUAUAUAUGAAAUAUCGUGGAACCAAACAAGAAAAAAAAAUUCUUAGUUCAUCUAUUGUUGGUGCUUAUCUUAUUCAAGUUAAACCAAUACAUUAUAUUCUUUUACAAAGUUAUUUACCUCAAGAAACUUCAUCAUUAUUUUCUUCAAUACCAGUAGAUUAUAAACUUCCAUUAACUGUUUCUUAUCAUGAUGAAUUAGGCAGACGAUUCGAUGCAACAUCAAUAUCUCUUCGUACAUUUUCUUAUCGUGGUGAUAUGAUAUCUACAAAUUCAAAUAAUACACAAAUAUAUGAAAUAAUUCCACUUAAAAAUGGUUCGAAUAUUCUUGUAGUCGAUGGUGGUGUAGAAUAUUUACGUGCUUAUUUGCCUGUACAAGCUAAUAGUGGUUUUCUUUUACCAAAAUCAUCAAUAUCUCCAUUAAAACAAAUUUAUUAUAUUGGUGAUAUUGUUUGUUUUGAAUCAAAUUUAAAUAAUGAUGAAAAAACUCAAGAUCGAUGGAGUAGUGAUGAUGGUAUGUAUGUUGAUUCAAAAUAUGGUAUUGGACAAAUGAUUAUAGAUGGUGAACGUCAUUUACAUUUAAAAAUUGAUGGACAAACAAUAACAAGUGAACGAUUUAAUGUACAAAUACCAAAUGAAAUAAAAUUACUUAAAGGAACAAAUGAUUUUUUAUAUGAUGGUGAAGAAGGUAAACCAUCAUCUUAUCCUGUCAUAUUCGGUACGGAUUCUACAACUAAUCUUCAUGGUUUAUGUUCUCGUGAAGGACUUGAACAUGCUCAAUCAAUUGGUACACUUCAUCCAACAUUUGAAUGUCAUCUUGAAUUUCUUAAAAGUAAAUCAAAUAAUCCAAAAGCUUCAACAUUAUUUAAAACUCAAGCUAUAUUUGAUCUUGAUCUAAUGAGUUGGGCAUGUCAAAUAAUACGUAAAUCAUCAUAUGAUAUAAGUACAUAUGAAGAUUCAUUACUUUUAUUUGUUCAAACAUCAUAUCAAAUAAUGUCAAAUGAAUUAAUUAUUCCAUAUCAACCAACAUUUAAAUUAUCACCAUCAUUAUCAUCAAUAUAUCUUUCAGAAGAACAUCCAUAUAAUACAAUUCAUAUAUCAACAAUACCAACAAAUGAUAAAUAUAUACAAUUAAUAUCAUCAGAUCCAUCAAUAGUACGUAUAACAAAAAAUUCUACAGAACCAUUUUUAUAUAAUAUUGAAUUACGUCAUGGUGCUAAAACAAAUAAUCAACAACAAAUAUAUAUUGAUAUUAAAAAUAUUUUAACUGGACAAAAUCAACGUAUUAAUAUUAACGUACAAAAACGUUUUAUUGAUAAUCCAAUAGGACGUAUAUUAGCAAGUCUUUUAUUAUGUGCAUCAUUAGCAUUAAUUGUUUAUGGAUUAGCAAAUCGAAAACCUUUUCUAUCAUCAUCAUCAUCACCACCACCACCAAUAAUAACAAAACAAAUUUCAUCAACACCACGUGUUAUUCAAUCACCACCAACACCUAAACGACAUUUACUUUUUGAUGAUCAUCAAUCAUCAUCAUCAUUUGAUACACCAACAACAAUUCAACAUCAUGAUCAACCUGUUGUAAGACUUUAUUCAGCACAAGAUUUACGUUCACGUUCAAUAGGAAAUUCACCACGAUCAGCUAUGAGUAAUAUGACAUUACCAACAACUGAUGAUAGAGAUCUUCAUACACGUUUACAAAGACUUUAUAAUUAA